AUGGCCGGUGACAGAGACGCCAACGGCUACAACCCCAAGCGGCGAAGGUUGGAGCCUGCAUGGACGCAAAGAAAACCGGGCGAGUCUCGAGGAUCGACGCCUCGAUCCCGGUCCCAAUACCCCCCAACGCCUUCGGGAGAGCCGAAGGAGGCGGAACCGACGGACCAUGAUGCGCUGGUACUCGAUCGGGACUGGUACGGAGGUGACGAGUUCGGCGGCCACACGUUUGGCGACGACGCCCACAACCCUUUCUCCUCGUACGAAAUCUCGUCGUUCGAAAACGCGCAUGAGGAAAAGGCGAAGGCGGAGAAGAUGUCGAGCCGAUACGAUGCGAGGCAGGAGCAGCGGAGGAAGGAAAACGACGCAUGGGAGACGAACCGGAUGCUCGUGUCCGGCGUCGCGCAGCGCAGGGAUAUGGCAUCCGACUUUGACGACGAGGAGGCGUCUCGCAUCCAUCUCCUCGUCCACGACCUGCGGCCCCCCUUCCUGGACGGGCGCACCAUCUUCACGAAGCAGCUCGAGCCGGUUCCGGCCGUGAGAGACUACCAGAGCGACAUGGCCGUCUUCAGCAGAAAGGGGAGCAGGGUGGUCAAGGAAGCCCGUCAGCAGCGGGAGCGGCAGCGGCAGGCGCAGCAGGCGACGAGCAUCGCCGGCACGACGCUCGGCAACAUCAUGGGCGCCAAGGACGAGGACGGGGACAGCGCGCUGCCGGUUCCGGGCGAGGAGGACGGGCUCAAGUCGGAGCGGAAAGGCAACAAGUUCAGCGAGCACAUGAAGAAGGCGGAAGGGGCGAGCGAUUUCAGCCAGAGCAAGACGCUUCGCGAGCAGCGCGAGUACCUCCCGGCGUUUGCCGUCCGCGAGGAGCUGCUUCGCGUCAUCCGAGAGAACCAAGUGAUCAUCGUGGUGGGCGAGACGGGCUCGGGCAAGACAACGCAGCUGACCCAGUUCCUUCACGAAGACGGCUACGGACGGGGCGGCAUGAUCGGCUGCACGCAACCUCGACGCGUGGCGGCCAUGAGCGUGGCGAAGCGGGUGGCCGAGGAGAUGGAGGUCAGGCUCGGCAGCACCGUCGGUUACGCGAUCCGCUUCGAGGACUGCACGAGCAAGGAGACGGUCAUCAAGUACAUGACGGACGGCGUCCUGCUGCGGGAGUCGCUCAACGAACCGGACCUCGGCCGGUACUCGUGCAUCAUCAUGGACGAAGCGCAUGAGCGGGCGCUGAACACCGACAUCCUCAUGGGACUCUUCAAGAAGAUUCUCCAGAGGCGGCGCGACAUCAAGCUCAUCGUCACGUCGGCGACGAUGAACGCGAAGCGCUUCUCCGACUUCUUCGGCGGCGCGCCCGAGUUCACGAUCCCCGGAAGGACCUUCCCCGUCGACGUCAUGUUUCACAGGUCGCCGGUCGAGGACUACGUCGACCAAGCGGUGCAGCAGGUGCUGGCCAUCCACGUGUCGAUGGAUGCCGGCGACAUUCUCGUCUUCAUGACGGGUCAGGAGGACAUCGAGAUCACGUGCGAGCUCGUGCAGAAGCGGCUCGACGCGCUCAACGACCCGCCCGAACUCAGCAUCCUGCCCAUCUACAGCCAGAUGCCGGCCGAUCUCCAGGCCAAAAUCUUCGACCGGGCGGCGCCGGGGGUGCGCAAGUGCAUCGUGGCGACCAACAUUGCCGAGACGAGCUUGACGGUCGACGGCAUCAAGUACGUCGUCGACGCCGGCUACUCCAAGAUGAAGGUCUACAACCCCAAGAUGGGCAUGGACACGCUUCAGGUGACGCCCAUCUCGCAGGCGAACGGGUCGCAGCGGUCCGGGCGGGCCGGGCGAACGGGCCCGGGCAAGGCCUUCCGGCUGUACACGGAGAAGGCGUUCAAGGAGGAGCUCUACCUCCAGACCAUCCCCGAGAUCCAGCGGACGAACCUCUCGAACACGGUGCUCAUGCUCAAGUCGCUCGGCGUCAAGGACCUGCUCGACUUUGACUUCAUGGACCCGCCGCCCCAGGACACCAUCUCGACGUCCAUGUUCGACCUCUGGGCGCUGGGCGCGCUCGACAACCUCGGCGAGCUGACGGAGCUCGGCCGAAAGAUGAGCGCGUUCCCGAUGGACCCCUCGCUCGCCAAGAUCCUCAUCACGGCGGAGGAACACGGCUGCAGCGAGGAGAUGAUGACGAUCGUCUCGAUGCUCUCGGUGCCCAACGUCUUCUACCGGCCCAAGGAGCGGCAGGACGAGGCGGACGCGCAGCGGGAGAAGUUCUGGGUGCACGAGUCGGACCACCUGACGUACCUGCAAGUCUACCAGGCCUGGCGGGCGAACGGAUACUCGGACGGCUGGUGCAUCAAGCACUUCCUCCACGCCAAGUCCCUCCGGCGAGCGAAGGAGAUCCGAGAGCAGCUUCUGGACAUUGUCAAGAUGCAGAAAAUGGAGCUGCGGAGCUGCGGCAUCGACUGGGACGUGAUCCGGCGCUGCAUCUGCUCCGGCUACUACCACCAGGCGGCCAAGCACAAGGGGUCGGGCGAGUACAUCAACCUCCGGACGAACGUGGCGGUGCAGCUGCACCCGACGAGCGCGCUCUACGCCGGCCACCCGCCCGACUACGUCGUCUACCACGAGCUCAUCCUGACGUCCAAGGUGUACGUCUCGACCGUCACGGCCGUGGACCCACACUGGCUCGCCGAUCUCGGCGGCGUCUUUUACUCUGUCAAGGAAAAGGGGUACUCGGCGAGGGAGAAGCGUGUGACGGAGACGGAAUUCAACCGCCGCAUGGAGAUUGAGGCGAAGAUGGCCGAGGACAAGCGUCGCGAGGAGGAGCGCAAGCGGGCCGAGGAGGAACGAGCCAUGAAUAAAACGGCCAAGACGAGUUCCGAGGGCAAGAAAUUUGUCACGCAGGGGGCAGUGAAGAAGCCGAUCGCCAAGCGACGGGGACGGGGGUUCUGA